AUGCAUGUUCAUAAUCGUCUUGUAUCGAAACUUGUCUUUUUAUUCCGACCACUUCGGCUAACAGAUGCCACUGUCAUUAUCGCCAGCAUUGUGGUUCUCUCCUUGGGCACGGAUAGCCAACGAUUUGCUGCCAGUCCCCUUCGUGGUCUACGGUUUUUUCAAAUACUUAGGAUGAUUCGAAUGGAUCGCCGUGGAGGGUCCUGGAAACUCCUCGCCUCCGUGGUAUGGGCCCAUAGGCAGGAACUGUUUACCACUGUGUAUAUCGGCUUCCUUGGUCUCAUAUCCAGCUCGUUUUUAGUCUACCUGCUCGAACGUGAAGUGAACGACAAAAUCAAAUCGUACGCGGAUGCCCUUUGGUGGGGUGUGCCCAGUCCUCCACAGUCCCGUCUCGUUGUAGUUAUUGUUUGUUUGCUGUCAUCAGCUGAGCUAUUUGUGACCGUAUUCCUGACAUAUUUAUGCGUGCUGAAUAAAGACUAA